AUGAGCGCGGACGAAACCAACCACCGAAAUCAAUCUCUGCGUUCCAUCAACAACACUCAUAGCUCCUUCGUAAGGUUUGUGAAUACAACCUCGCGAAAUGUUGGCGUUUACUGGAUCGAUUAUCAAGGUCAGGCGGUACAGUACAAGGUCUUGUCCUACGACGACCACCUCGACGUCAACACCUUCGAGACACAUCCAUGGAUAUUUGUCGAUGAGGAGACGAGAGACAGAUUCAGAGUAAAUGCCAAAGACGUCUUUUACCCGGAACCCUGGUUCGCCAAGUACAGGGGGAUGCGACGCGAGGAGUUGCCACCGCGGAUCGAGAGGACCUUUGUGAGGAUAACCCUGCCCAUGUACUCGCUGAGAGACCUAGCUUUGCGUGCCAUAAAAAAGCUCUUGCGGCUCGAUCACCACGCCUUUCUCCUCGAGAUACCACGUAGUCUACAGUACGAGCUGGCUUCCAUGAACCCCCGGAAACAUGACCCAGCAAAUCUUUAG